GGGCGCCGGGCGGCCGUUAGGGGUUUGAAUUACGGAGGCGGCGGUGCUGCCGCCACCGAGGGAUUGUCCAGACCUCUGCGCUCGAAUUCAAAGGAGAAGCUGUCAUGUCACAGGACUACAGCGAUGAGUGGGAGCUCAGCAAGGAGAACGUGCAGCCGCUGCGGCAGGGCCGGGUCAUGGCUGCUUUGCAGGAGGCACUGGCUCAGCAGGAGACCUCCAUGCACACCGCUCUUCAGCUCAAAAGACAGGAGUUUGAAUCAGAAAUCCGAUUUUACUCUGGAGAUGACCCGCUGGAUGUCUGGGACAGGUAUGUAAGGUGGACAGAGCAGAGCUUCCCCCAGGGCGGAAAGGAGAGCAAUCUCGCAGCAAUAUUGGAAAGGGCGGUGAAAGCCCUCAACAAUCAGCAGCGAUACUACAAAGACCCACGCUACCUUAACCUCUGGCUCAAGUUUGGCAACUUUUGUAACGAGCCCUUGGAUCUGUACAGUUACCUCCAUAGCCAAGAAAUUGGCACAACACUGGCACUGCUCUACAUCACAUGGGCAGAAGUACUCGAGGAGAGAGGAAACUUUAAGAAAGCAGACAUAAUAUUCCAGGAAGGCCUUCAGCGCAAGGCUGAGCCUUUGGAUAAACUCCAGUCCUUUCACAGGCAGUUUCAGAUGCGUGUUUCUCGGCAGACACUGCUGAGGCUUGAGGACCCCCCCGAUGAACAAGAUCUAGAUCUUCUAGAACCUGCAGAGCCUCAGAGAAGCACAUUGGCAGAGCUAAAAGGCAAGGGAAAGAAGAAAGUGAAAGCCCCAAUUAGUCGUGUCGGAGGUGCGCUUAAAACCACAAACUCAACCAGAAGCUUCCAGACUGUAACUUCUCAGCAGCUUCCAAAUAACCCGGGUUUUGCGGUGUUUGAUGAAAAUUCAGCUUCUGGAUCCGAGAUUCCCGUGCUUAUAUCACAGCCGUGGAUGGCCCCUCCAGCUGCAAGGGCUGAGGAGAAUGAACUAAAAGCGGGACCUUGGAACUCUGGCAGGCGUCCUCGUGGCAGUGCCAGUUCUGGUGUAGAAGUGCCCUUCCCACAGCCUAGUUUCACCCCAUAUGUGGAAGAGUCAGCUCAGCAACAAAUCAUGACUCCCUGCAAAAUUGAACCCAGUGUAAACUGCAUUUUAAGUGUUCGCAAACCUAAGAAGGAGGAAGACCUCCUGCAGCGAGUGCAGAAUCUUCAGCAGGAUGAUCAAGAGAAGAAAGAGACAGUGAUGUACUGCAAGGACAAAGUUUAUGCUGGAGUAGAAGAAUUCUCAUUGGAAGAGAUCAGGGCUGAAAUCUACAGGAAGAAAGCAAAGAAGAAAGCUGAAGAGGAAAUGCAGGCCAUAGCACAGCAGAAGGAAGAAAUACAAAGGCAAAUUGAGGAGCUGGAGAAGAAAUUAAAGAAGAAAGAAGAUGAGAAGCAGCAACAACCGUGUAAAGAGUCAACAGAGAUACCAGAAGCUUCACCACCUUUGGGGCUGCAAGAAUUUACUUCUCCCAGUGCAACAGAAGUCGGAGAGAAACAGCCUCACUUACACAGUGAAUUCCAGGGCUCUGACGAUACUCAGCUGGAUAAACCAUCCCUUUCUCAGGAGGUUAUCCAGUCUUGUGAUGUAGACCCAGCCACACAACAGGGAAACGUGUUUGUAGACUCUGAAGAUGAACAGGAGGAACAGAGAGAUGAGGCCAGCCUUGCGAAAGAAGGUGUCCCUCUUCUUCCUCCACCGGGUCCUGCUAUGGCUUUCUCCAUAUUUGAUGAAUCCUCUACUUUGGCAAACCAGAAUACAAGUUGUUCUGCAGGUCAUGCGCAGAAAAAUGCCUGGCAUCCCCCUGAUGUUCAUAAACCUCCAGAUUCUCUAACUGCAAAGGAAAAUGUACCACCGGAAACCUGUGAUGAGCUGAAUGGAAUUGAACCUUUGACUGAAGAUGCGAUUGUGACUGGCUCCUACAAGAACAAAACCCUCUGUGCCAACCCAGAAGACACAUGUGAUUUCGUUCGGGCUGCCCAUCUGGCCUCAACACCAUUUCAUGGCAUGGUAGCUCAGAGAGUCCCAGCUCCUGAUUUCUCACAGGAUGUCCUGAAGGAACACUGUCCAGAAGCAAAGUGUGCACCGCUGACUCAGGAAGUCCUGGUUUGUGAGGGAGCAUACAGUGAAGCACUCUGUAUAAAUAAACUGAGCCCCAUCAUGGAAGCAAGCCGGGAAGAUACUCGCUCGUCAGGUUCUUCUGUCUCCUCGGGAUCUUCCCUUUCUUCUGUUACACAAAUAUCUACCAUUAAAGACCUGCACGUCCCUGAGAAACUGGAGCUUGCUCAGAGCUUGCCUGCUGAAAUGGUUGCUGAUUCUGGAGGUGACAGUGAAAACGCUACUGGUGAUGAUGGAACCUGGGUCUUGUGGAGCGCUGAAGAGCGUAAAAAGCUUUUGGAUCCUGUGCCAGAAUCACUGACUGCUUCUCCCGACUUUCAUUUGGAAGCCGGCACUCUACCUGUCAUGGAGUUUGAGAAAGACGUCGAGCUGGGGAAUGAGACUUACUGCAUCAAAUGGGAAUAUUGGACCAACGAAGAAUACAAGAUGUUUUUUGCCAUUCUGGCUAACUUUCCCCCGUUGGAUGCAAAAGGAUUUGCAAUAAAGGUGUAUUCUCAGCCUGUGCCGUGGGAUUUUUAUAUCACAUGUCAGUUACAGGAGCGUUUGAACACAGACUUCGACCAGAGCUUCAGUGAGAAUUGUAGCUGUUACCUGUUUGAGGACGGCUGUGCUGUUCUGCACAGGGAUGUAAAUCGCUUCACGCUUGCGGAUGUUAUUCGUGGCUGCACAUCCAUCAUGGAGGAAGUUAUCCUACUGGUUGUUUAUAAUCUUCUGGGUGUGGUAGAGAGGCUCCACAAAGCAGAGAUUGUCCAUGGAGAUCUGCGUCCAGAGGUGUUCUUCCUGGGAGACAGUAUCUGUGACACUUUCGCUUGUAAUGAGGUGACAAGAGCUCUGAAGAUCGUGGAUUUCUCUCACAGUCUGGAUUUGAGAUUGCAGUCUCGAGUAAUUUUGCCCAACAGCUUUCCAACAUCUCAGACCCCUCAUGGGCAGCAGCUUCUGGCCAAAAGCUCACUCCCUUAUCAGGUAGACUUGGUUGGUAUUGCGGAUAUUAUCCACUUGAUGCUGUUCGGGGAACAUGUCCAGGUCUAUCAAGAGAACUCCAUCUGGAAAAUGAGCCGAGAUGUGUCCAAGACUGCUGACGGUGACUUCUGGAGUAAACUUUUUGGGCAGCUUCUGAAUGCAGAUGGUAAGUCCACGGUGCAUCUGCUGAGGGAGUUGAGAGAGGAAAUCGGUGACAUGUUUGACAGCGGUUUCCAAGAACGUCUUUGUGAAUCCUUAGCUGUGCUUCCACUGGACCUUUCUGUGAUUUCAUAGAGGACAGAUCCGUUUUGUGUUACAUAAAGCGGUUUCUUGUUAGCUUUAUUUAUUGUUUUUCAAAUGAUUGUAGCUGUUUCUGCAAUACUUUUACAUGGGACUGACUAAGGAGCGUUACCUGUGUGCUGAUGUGAGAUCAGCCUCCUCAGCCUGCUGAGAACUGCUCUGUAUCUGAGCAGUUUGCCAGAGAAAAUUGUUUGUCAUAACUGGCCCUCCCCUUCUCCUGUACCUCCUUAAUGUGUUUGAUACCUAGUUCACGCUGCUGUCUCUAAAACAUCUCUGUCCUAUGUUUAGUUGGUCUUUUAAUCAAUGUUUCAUCAAUAAAGUUGUA